CUAACUUCAAUUUGUUUGAAAUGUGGCGAGCAUCGCUUCCUCGAGGCCGGCUGCGAACUUUGUUCCAGACCAAGGUUGUGAGGCAUGCAAGCAGCAGCCAGCCCACAGGGCUCUCCUCAAGACGCAUGGCAGGCAUUGCAGUAGGCUGUUUAGCAGCAGUUUCUGCCGGGGCCAUCUACGACUUGACCUCUCGUUGGGUUGGGAGACAAGAUGAUGAGGAGUGGCUUGAGGAUUGGGAAGAGGAACUGGCGGACGAAGCAGGAGUUCCCCCUGAGAUUGCAGCUUCUUUCGUUGUUGCAAGGGAGCUGCGACAAGCAAGCGAUCCACUCGUUGGGACAAGACACUUGAUUUUCGUCCGACAUGGGCAGCCGAGCGACGGCGUAGAGCAACUGUCGGAGAUAGGGCUGCAGCAAGCCGAGCUGACAGCAGUGAGGCUUGCGACCCAGAUCAAGGACGUGAAGUACAAGGAGUUGUUGCCGUGUUGCAGUGCCCAUGCGACACCUUCGUCCAAAAGUUCAUGCUGCGUAAGGGGUGGCUGGCAGGUGAUUUUUCAUUCUUCUGCAGAAGAAGCCAAAGCAACUGCAAAGAUCAUCAAGAAGAGUCUCGGCAAGGUCGCCUUGAAGGAGUCGCCCUUGCUGGCAGAAGGUGUCCCUUUGGUACCCAGCCCGGCUCCUGAAGUGUUGCGGGAGCUGCCAGCAGAGGCGCUUGUGGGUGAUAUGUCGAGAGCAGAGGGUGCCUUGAGGACACACUUGUGGCGGCCUGCUGGUGGCCCUGAAAGCAGUGCAGAGGUGAUCGUUGCUCAUGGAAACGUGAUCCGCUAUGUAAUUUGUCGGGCCUUGCAGCUCAAUCCAUCUGCAUGGUCGCGAUUUGCUGCUGGUCACGCCACAAUUUCCUGGCUCGAGAUCCAAAGUGAUGGACUUGUAAAACUUCGAGAAUUUGGCGGCUCUGGGCAUUUACCUCUUGAUAUUCGAACAUAUACUUAGUUAGAUUAAAAUUAUAACAAAAU